GGGGGGCAUAUCUCUUUCACAAAACCGGAAUCACAUUGGCCAAGGCACUGGGAUUUUGUUUUCUUGUUUGGCAUGCCCGCCCCAAAAUGCCCACAUAAAUCGCUUCGUUUUCUGUGUCCAAAAUCAAAGGAAUCUUUAAAAAUUCUCCCUCUUCAGUUUCAUAUCUUGCUCUGUGUCUACUAGAUUGCGUGUAUAUAUAUACUAGUGGGAAUAUUUAUCAAGAGGAACAUCAAGUUCUCUCUCUAUCAAAUUCCAAAGAGCUUUUGUAGCCUUUCCCAGAAGAAAAUAAAGAUUUCAUCUUUUUCAUCUCCUGAAUUCAUGGGUCUAGUACAGGCAUGGCAACAAGGAGUACUAGAUUCUGAACAGCUAGAAGUGAAGUGAUUGGGACAGAGAAUUCAUCGAUCGAUAUUCGCUACAAAGAAUUUCUACUUUCAGAUUCAUCUUGUAGGACAGAGUUAUACAAGAAGACUUUUGCAGAUAAGUUAGAGAGGAGAAGAUGUUGAAGCCAUAUGAUAAGGAGUGCAUGAAGAUGGCCAUGCUGAAGCACGAAGAAACCUUCAAACAACAGGUGUUGGAGCUUCAUCGUCUCUACCGGGUCCAGAAAUCCCUGAUGCGAAGCAUAAAAGGCAGCCAGCCGAACAGAGAGAACCAAUUAGAUAGAUGGGAAUUUUAUUCUAGGAGUCAGAUCAGAUUGAAUCAGGUCAAUGAAGUGGAGCUAGAGAUUCAAGAUGAAGAUGAAGGAGAAAUCCAACUGACAUUAGGCCCCUCCAAGUACUACAGGCGAAAGAAAGCCGAGACGCCACCGACUCCAGAGUCUGGACCGAGCUUUUCUUCUUCCUCCUCAGCAACAAGGGAAGAAGGUUUAACGGGCCACAGAUGGGAGCUAACCGCGGCUAACCCCGAUGCGAACUCGGGUUUACGAAUAGGAAGGAAGAGCAGUUUUGAUGUGGAAGGAGAAGAUAGGAUUAAACAGCUAGAUUCUUGGCUUUUCCAACCUCUAAGUCUGAACAUGACUUGAAGAAGAAUCUUCUCAUGGACUAAUUCUGUGAUGAUUUUUUUCCCCUGUAGUUUCUUUCUUUUCUUUUCUUUUCUUUUUUGGUCUUUUGUAGUAUAAUAAUGGGUGAUGGGAAGUCUUGUGUGAAGUUAGUUCACUUGUAAUUCCCUGGCUUUUGAAAGUACCCAUUAUGGUUUAGAAAAAAGGGUACUUAAGUUUCUGUUUUCA